AAGCAUGCGUUCCAGAAGGCCCCGCGAGAGCUCCACACGUCAUCGCUGCGUGGAAACGCAGAAUCGUGUGACUUUUUCACCAACUUGAUGCAUCAACUCGAAGAGCUGCAGGUGAGGCGCAGACGCGUUGCUGUGAAGUGCAGCCUUCACGUACAACGUGGCACGAAGUACUACUGAUUCUCCUCCAGCCAUUCCAUUUCAGCCGCGUCGUUUCGUGUGGAAGAUCUCGUCCAUCCCCUUCGUCACUGACGCAAAUCGUGCUGGCAAGGUAUCUGUACGCGGCACCGAGGGCAGCACCGGAGGAGUCGUCGGAGUCCUGAUGCCGUUCCUCACUCCAUCUAAUCCGAUGGGAAGUGCCCUCCUACAAGAUGAUGCUACUAGAGUGAGCUGCUCGAUGAGUAAGUCGACGGAGCCGACUUGCCUCCAUCAACUGGAGUUAAUAUGCGACUGCCGCUAGGUAGCUUACCUGAAUAUUCGAACUACUCUUUCUCAGUUGUCGUAUACUACGACUCGUAGUGGUACGCAUUCGUGUGGCGCAGAUUCCAGUCGAAACCAACAAGAAAAGUGGAAAGCCCUCUGCAGUGGUGACUGCAUGCUGUCUUCUUUCCUGAUCAAAUGGACGAUGUGAAGCCCAAACUACCUCAUGUAUGUUCAGUAAUAUCCACCAGCAAGCUCGCUAUGUGACUGCUAGGACAACUACAAUCAAGUGCCCACACCGCGUGGGCCACGCGGCCUGUGCUAUCUCGCCCCACAACAACCAUAAAAAUGAUAAGGCAGGCAACUUAGUUGGCUGUCAUCUUUCGUCUGAAUGAAUCGCUCGCAGCUCACUAUGCUGCUCCAGAAUUGCACAGUAGUAGCUGUUCUGGUUCGUGCGGUGCGUGGCUAGUGUCCAGUCGAUCCAAGCUAAGUUGAAGCUGAUAAGUUGCCCCUCUAGCUAUCCUGCAACAUAACCCGUUACGUUGCCUUGACCUAUCUUCCAACUUCAAUACCGAUGCGGAGACGCGACAAAGUCGCGGCCGCGCUGGCGGAUGUACAGGCUCGGCAGGAGAGCCUCGCUCGAGGCUCUGUUCUCUCCCGAGCGUCCUCUCCGUCGCCUUCAGCUUCAGCUUCAGCUUCAGCUGCGCUGUCUCCGCCUCCAUUGUCGCCCCCCGUCUCGAUAAACAAGGCGCAAAGGGCUACAGCCUCUUUCCAGUGGCUCAAGCGCCGCGUCGUUCGCCGUAGUGAGAGUAAGGAGAGCGACGUCCUGGAGGAUCUAGGCAGCCUCGAUCUUGUAUCCUCAGCGUCGUUAGCCUCAGUACGCGCACUCAUUGGCCAGUUCAUCGCGCUUCCGCCCAGACGUGAGUUCGCGUUCGUCCACCCGACGACCAACGCAACAGUUGCCGUGGCUGAUGAGAGCGAUAUUUAUGCUAGAAAUUUGCCUUUCAUCUGCCUCGUGCUGCUGCCAGUAAAGGAACCUGCAGCAGGCAGAGGUACUUCCAUUCCUCUUGUCAGUGCUGUUGCGACCCGAAGACGAGACGGGAAAGAGGAGCAGCGUCGACCAGAGACGGCUCACAUACAGCAGCAGCAAGAAGAGAAACAACUGCGACCGCGAACGGUGGCUGGGGGUGCUAAUCGAGCAACAGCGACUGUUAUUGCUCCUGCAUCUGCUGUUGUGUCGAGUGAAUUGAGUCUUGUGUCGGCUGUGAAAGGAGACCGAGGUUCACCUGAUGGGGUGAAAACCGGACGAGAGCGACAUGGCGUGUUCACUCCUGUGAGAGAAGAACGAAAGCAGAUUGAGACGGACGCUGUGCCUUUGCAAACUCCAACGAAGCCUAUGGAAUCGACGAGAGAGAAACGCAUUCUUGACAACAAACGAGCUAGCAGUGCUAACUUACCGGAGAGAUUGAAGCCCAGCCAUUCGAAGAUGGCAGGACAAGACACAACUGACAAGCAAAUGAGUGAACUCCAAGGUCACAGGACAUCCGUUCGGGUGGCUAGUGCUGGUAGUGGUGCUCUAGUCAUACCAGUCGAGGAGAAACUUGCUGCUUCUUUCAUUCCGGAGACGUCGCCUGCAGUACAAGAAGAGACAGAAUUUAUUCAGUCCUCGCCGAGUAUACAGCGGCAAGCUCGUGAGAAUAUUACACCGCAUCAAGUUGAUAGUAGUGACGCUACUAUUGCCGAUCUAGCACCCAAGAAACCCAGUUCUCCAGGGAAAUCAGUCUACCAGACACCAGGGCAUUUGCGUCGAUCUCGGCGCUUUAAGGGGCUCACAGCUGCCAAAUUAGCAGAGAAAAGUUGGGAGUGCGAAGACCCGGAAGAGCAAGAAGUGAUUACUGACGCGGAACUCGAGGAGUUUCUCCGGUCUUUAUUAAGGAUUAUUCGUACAGGGCUUGAAGGUGUCGAUGCGCGUCAACUUGAUGAGGCGCUUUCGUACUACGGAGUUGAUUACCGUGCAUUGAAACUAAACGGAGUAUUGCUAGGAUUGGAUACCGAGCUUGGUAUGCGGUGCAUCCAUGUUCGGGGUGGAGUCGAUGGACAGUUAAAGCAGUAUUUGCUGAAAAUAUUCCCAGUGGAUAAGGAGAACUCAGUCGAUCCUGAAGAUAUCCAACGCUUUGAGUUUGCGUUGAACAUUUUCGCUGGAAUGAGAGGCUGGAUAUCACCUACCAAACUACGAGCGAGUUAUUUUGAAGAGAAGCAUCCUCUGCAGUUCAUACCAGCAAGUGAUAGUAGGAGAUUGGCGUUUCUUCGUUUAUCAGAUAGAGAUCAUCAACUAUUCGCGUUGGCCAGCUCAGACGAUCCCACAGUGCAGUUGGAAAGCUGGUUAGCAGAUGGCAUGGAGAUAACAUACGUGUUAAUGUAUGGAUUUCUGCAAUCAAGGAGAAAUUCAGAGCAGAAACCUUUGAUACAAUUGGAAGCUCAUUAUUUGCGUCGAGAUCGCGUUCAAGCAACAAUCCAGAAAUUAACCUCGGUCAGCUUCGACGUGUGGAAAAGAUUAGAGUUCUGCUCUAACGAUAUCGACGAUACUUCUAUGGUGAGACGCUUGAACGAGCUUACAAGAACCUUCCUGCAAGACAGCAAACUGUACUGUGGAGACCUUGUAGGAUCUGCAUUCUUUCCUGCACUCGUCGGAUACCUGAGUCGAAAGAAGGAGCAGCUAGCCCAAAGCUUAUUCGGAAUUCUACCAACGUCCGGUGUUCGUGGUGCGCACCAUACCUCUGUAUUGGAAUACUUGCGACUUCUUCGUCAGUAUCUGGAGCAGCCUGAAACUGAUUCGGCAAGUUGCGAUUCGUAUCUGCAAUCGGUGGGAUUGAAGAUUAUCGAUGUGGACAAAAUAAAUGCAUCCCGAAGCAGCGCUGGUCUUGGAAGACUCUAUGUGAAUGGGAGGGAAUCAGCUUUAACCCAUUAUCAGUGCAACCUAAUGGCAAAUGACUCGAGUUUACUGUUAAAGGCUCGAUGGGAGCACCAGGAGCUACGCAAAGGAACAGUUUCAAGGUACGCAGUUUCCUCACAGAUUGCAGCAGCUAUCGUUACUACUGACAGUUUCUGCGCAGGUAUUGUUUUCAUGGAACAAAAGAAAUUGCUGUUGAGUAUGUUUUCGUUCGAACGAAACUAUUUCCAAGCGCCGGCAACGAUAUGCGAUGGGAAGACCGAGAUAGAACGGCAAGAAAAGAAGCGCAACAUGCGUUUGUACUCAUUUGUGGUGACUCACUGGAGGUACCUGAAAAUGUUGCGAUUGGAGUGGGCAUAAAUAUUAUUCACGCGGAGCUGCUUCCACGCAUUAACUCGAUGACUUCGCUGAGCACAGUUCUGCGAGAAUACUCGGGGGCAACGUCAAUUUCGUUUGGAUAUUGCUACACACCAGUUGAUCAGGCCGUCCGUGUGGCGUUUCGAGUCCAUACAGACACUUCUGUUGAGAACCAUGGAUAUAUUAGUGGAUCUUCUGGAUGCUGGGGGCUUCCGAGCGCAAUCAUAGGAAUAGAUCGCUUUCUCAAGUCUGCACAAGAAGAAGAGGCUAUUGCGUUCUGUGAAGCUGAUGGACUAAGAUUUUUGAAUUUGUUCCUGCGAGGAUUGGGCGAUCCAUGGACCACAACGAAGUACGGGAAGCCCUUCUUUGACUACAUUUACGAGAAGAAACGUGAUGAUACGGCAUCUUUGCGUGGAUAUUUACUUCGAGCGAUGAAACGAACUAUCGCUAUAAUCCCCUGUGUGCCGCAAAGUAUUACGAAGACGAACAUUAACAUUAUUGUCCAGAUAAUGGAUAAUUUCCCAGACAUGUCGGAUGUAGUUGACGAAGUGAUUGGCGUGCUAAUGGCGAUAUGCUCAAGUACUCAGGAGCCGAAAGGAUCAAUAUCUGAUUACUUUGCCCCUCGAAUGACAGAAAACCAGAAACAAUUUACGACUCAAAGUGGCCUGGAAAUUUUAAAGGAUUGUACCGCAAAGCUGCAGGGCAUUCCUGCAUACAAGGAGGCCGUAGAGACAGUAAUUCUUUGUCUUCUAAUGACCCAUGAAAUGAGCGCUACGAAGGCUGGAUUGCUCUUUCACUGGCACGAUUGGUUCGAAUAUUACAUCGAAAACGGAGCUUGGACAACACAUCCAGCAGAGUCAGCAUUUCUUCUCAAACAAGUGCACGCACACUUUUUCGCUUCGACUGCCAUUCUAAAGCCAGAAGUGGAAAAAUAUCCGUGCGGAUGCGAUAGACGUUUAGUGGAGUUUGUGGAGGCUUUUGUCGGUCUGAUGAAGCUGUUUGUGAGGCUGAUGUUGACAGGUUUUGGGGUGACGUGGGCUCAACUCGAAAUGCACGGCCCACGCGAUUGCGUGUCAUUUCUACUGUGGAGCGCUCACCCAUCUCGUUGGAUACCAUCAAUGGAUGAAUUGCAGAAACUGAUUGUGUCCAGUCUGUGUGAGUUUAUGGAGCGCUUGACAAGCUCGCAUCAGUAUCUUCGUGCGUUGUCUGAGCUCACAGCACCACUAAUCGAAUUAUUAUGUCAGCAAGACUGUACUAGUACUUCGCUGCAUACAGGGGCUCUACGCGUACUCAGCCUAACAUUUCGACUGGCGAUUGACAAGAAAGUAUGGUCAAUCUCGAUGGAAAUCUUUCUGGAAUCGUUUUAUCAGCUUCUGGAAAGUAUUUGUGGCGAAUCUUCUUGUUCAGAUAUGAACCGGUAUAUGAAUGACGUCCUGUUUAAUGCGGAGCGUUCCAAACAAUCUGCAAGCUCGUCAACUAUUUUGUCGUUACUCCAUGAAGAACACAUGAAUUUCGUUGGUGGAUCGAGCCAGCUGUCCCCCGUCUCGCGAUCUCAAACGAAGUCAUUACUGCAGACACUGGUGUCGUUAUGUUCACUGACUUGGAACUCGGUUCUCCAACCCUUUUGUCAAAUACCAGCCUUACUCAACCUCGGGUGGAUGCUAACAAGUUCGGAAAUUGCUGGCGACUUAGCACAACUCGAGGUGGAUGAUGGUUUGCUUUCUUUAAUGGAGAACGAGAGUGUAGUAGUCUCCAUAUCCGCGGCCCGUGCGUACACUGUAUUCCUCUUUCAAGGGCUGCAAUCAAGACGUGUCAUAGCUGAAUAUCGGCUGAAAAAGUUGUGCAACCUUCUAACUACCGUCUUAGCAUCCAGCUCUCGUCUGAUACUUUCUCCCAAGCGCUCAAGUAAUUCUGAGAACUCAGAUAUUAUCCAGUUCGUUGCAAACCAACCGGAUGCUUAUUCGAUUCUUAUGCGGUACAAGGAUCUCAACCGUGCAAAACAGAGUCAAGCUCAACAGAAAGAACUGGAUCAAGAUGAUGCAACGACAGCGGGCUCGUCACCGGUUGAGGUUUUCUGGGAGUUGAAUGAGCGGAAUGAUCUUAAUCGAGCUAUGGCCGACAAGCUCGCUAACCAUUUAAAGUUGCUGAUUGUUUUGUCCUCAAUGACAAGGAAUAUCGUGUCAAUUGGAAGCAGUGACGAAAUAAGGGAGAUCAUUUUUCUGCUUGUGCGGUUUGUUCGGGAGCGCGUUCAUAGUGCAUCUCCCCACAUUACGUUGUAUUUACUGUCACUGAGGAAUCUCAUCUGGGCUACACGGCCAGACAUUAUGAAAUGGGGGAUUUCAGAUUUGACAGAGCCCCCUUUCCUCCGAAAACUCCUGAUUCUAGCCAAGGACAAAUUGCAUCAGGUACGAGCAGAUAGUGCCUUUGAGUUGUGAGCGAGGUGCUUGAUGGCUGUCGUUUUCAUUACAGGAAUUGGCAACUGGAAUUUUAUGGGGUCUUGUUGACGCCUACGAGAAGUCAAACAUACCGUUGCUUCUGUUUGAAGUGGAUGACGCGGUGGCAACAGGGAGCUAUUUCGCAAAGAAGAUCGGAUUCGCUGUGUUGGUGGACAAUUUGGUGUCAAAAAUGACGGCUAACCGAUCUAUUGAGAAUGAUUGCGGCGCCAUGGCUUCAAUGAUUGCCAAUCCUGUCUACAGCCAUUUCUUCCUUACGAACUAUGGAUACCCGUUCGUAUUGAAAACAAUGGAAUCUAUUCUGCGGCUACUUCGCGCUGGGUACACUCACGGAUCAUUCGGGCCAAAAGGAGAAGACAAGUCUAUGGAGACGACUGAGGACGAGAGGUUCGGUCCGAUGCUGUUUUACUCGUAUGCGAUUGAGAAUCCGCAUGAGCGAGAGUUGUUACAACUCUGCCGUUCUGCUGUGAACGUCCUCGAGGCAAUGCAGCGGAUUAGUCCAGAGUCUGUUCUGGAUGAAGCUGCAAGAACGAAAACGACGAUGCUCCCACUCCUCGAUUACCCGAAUAAACUGGUGGCUCAAUACGCUGUUAUGUGCUGCAGUAUUCAUCUCCAAACGCAUCCUCCACAAUGCGGUAAAUUACUCGGCAAUGACGUUCUAGACAAGGUGAUCGCUAACUUCUUCGAUGAAUUCCCGCCCCUUCAAGUUGCUGCUUUUUCAUGCAUCAAGUUGGCAUUUGCUGACCAAAAAAACUUGUCAACUCUUCAAUCGAAGCUCUUUCCACUUCGACAGCGGAUCGUGUCAUGUCUCCACAGUCCUGCUUUUGAAGUGAAACGAAAGGUUGCCUAUUGAGCAUUGUUAGUACAAGAAUAAUGGUUUAUUGAUGUGAAAAUUCUUUUCUGUUUACAGGCAAUACUGUUGUUGGUUGAGGCAGUCUUUCGUCUGGAGGAUCAAACGUUUCUCGAUGGUUUUGCUGAAGCUUUUGUAGCGGACAACAACGGUUUGUUAAUGGAACUGUUCGAUUCUGUUUCGAAGGAAGUAGCUCGGAAUUCGUCGGCUGGGGGUGUUCUCCAGCUACUUGUGCGACUAGUUCUCAAACUGAAUCUCGUAGCUCGUACCGGCGGUGAUAAGCUAGCGCAUGUGAUUUGCCAUAUGUUGAAGACACACAGCAACGACACAUUCCUUCGUCCUGUGCUGUUUAAUUUCUUACUCCAGAUCGUGUCACAAGAUGAUCAUGCCGAGUAUUUCGACCGGAAAAGCCGACUGGAUGUAGUAACCGAACUUCUCUCACAGCGACUAACGCUGAGCGAGUUGCGGAAUGUCGCCAACAUUCUCAUAUUAGCUGCUUCUAAGCACUCUGGUAUCCGACACUACCUAAGUGGAUUCGAAUCAGGCUGUAUCCCUAAGGUCGCCAGUCUGUUAGGUGAAUUUUCAGAGCACAGCCUAGACAUUGACAACUCGAAACGUACAUUACCAGUACCAGGUUGCUACCACGAAGAUCGUGCGAGUGGGAUUCAGCAGCCUGAAGAAAUGCCGGAUGAAGGUUCUACUACAUAUCUGCUGAAAAUAACGACGUCUAAGACGGUCUUCGCUUCCCACUUCACCGAAGAUAUCUAUGAGCUGUUUCUACGAUUGCUGUUGUUGCUUGUUACUGGUCCAGAGUUUAGUGCUGAGGAGAGAUACGGCUGUCUUUGCGAGAGUGACGGAUGUUCUAACUGCGAUCCGUGUGAUAUCAUCGCAAAGGCACGCUAUGGGACCAAUAUCCUUCGGUUCUCAGCUGCACGUCGUGUCAUGUGUCCAACAUAUGAUCUUAGCUUUCUGCUAUCAGCAAAAGGAGACCCGGCCGACAGCAUUUUGAGUCUAACGAUCCAGGUACUUGAAGUUCUUGCGGCUAAUUAUCAAUGUCGUGUACAAAUGCUGCGGGGGUCUAUCAAGUCAGACUGGUUCUGGAUGCCAGCCUUAGUCAAAAUCGCAAUGCUUCCUGAAUUCCAAGAAUUUGACGUGGAACGAAAUGAGGUGACGAAACAACGGCAAGAAUCCGUUGCUCAUACGAUUCAAUUACUGGGCCAUUUGAGUGCUACUAAAGAAGUGGCCCAGCGGCUCAUGAUGGAUAGACCGUUCAUAUCCACACUUUUCUCGUACCUCACACCUACAGAUCAAUCAAUUGUUGCAAUCCGCCGAACUUCGGCUUUUACAUUGGCAAGACUCGCGGAGUUACCGGUAUUUGUACGGGAUGCGUUCUUCCAGGAGAAAAUGGCCCUGGUAAUUCAUGCUUCGAAAGAUAACGACGAUCAACUGUCGAAUCCAGAGCGUGACCCGCUGGUACUGGCAAACAGGAUAAUUCUUGCCAGAAAUCAAAGACUAUUGACACCAGGACUUCAAGGCCGAAGUAUAGAUGAAGGAUUAUUGUCUGUCCUUGUUCAUCUACUGGUAUCUCACAAGAUGUAUUCGCAAGAGGUUGGGGUUCUUGCCGGGGAUGUACUUGCUAACCUCCUUUAUUACCGGGUGACUUUGCGGGAUAAAAGCCGCUUUCGUUCAGUAAUUUGGAGUCCGACCAAGUCAACGGAAGAGCUUAACCAUUCAUCGUCCAAGCGUUUAACCGCCUACUUGCAUAACUCAAUUAAAUUGAUGCUUCAAAAGCUGCGACAGUCGAGUUUUGGUGCCUUUCGCGAAUACACGGCGCAAUUGUUGAACGACGAACUUGCCUACACCUGCAAGCACCUAGAAGAAACAACUUCCGGUCGUGAGCUUCUGUGCGUGUUGAUUUCUCUUCAUCUCCCUUCCAGUGGAACUGAUGAAAAUUUGAUAAACAACCAUGGCCACGAUCUCAGUUACAGUGACUCGGAUGUAAUUCAAACGUACAAUCACGUGCACCGGACAUAUUUAAGACCACGCAGUCUUCAAUACGUGUUUAGUGCGUCCGACCGAUCAACACACGAGUCAAACGAUUACAGCUUCAACGGAUCCUCUCAUCUGUGGCUUUUCUUACGAAAACUAUGGAAUUUGGCGAUUGCUGAACUGGAAGAGGAUAAUGAACAAAACCGAGCGAGUAUCUCCGAGGUGAAAGAUACUGUUGCAUCUAGAAUUCCCUAUGUUUUUACGAGUUGGAACAGUGAGAGUGAUGUUAGAUAUUCCACGGUGGCUUUUGAAAGGCGAAGGUGCUUUCUUGAUUUCGUGAUUGCGGUUGGAAAAUGGGACCCCAGCGUACUAAAUGUGAUCGAUACGAAAACUAUUGUUGAAAUUGUCAUAAGGAACGGCAUAGAUGCGCCUGCCACAAUGGGACGCGAGUAUUUGCUACUGAAAGAAAUGUGCCAACACAUCCCAGAAAACAUUGUCGUGAUGGCGAAAUGUUUUGGUCUUGACUGCAUGAAUAACCCCCAAGGCAAACCUAGUGACGUCUUUAGAGUGUUUUGGAGCUCAGUUCAUCUUCAAUUACUUCCAGUGAAAUUUACGCUGGCUGCAGGGAAUAAGAUCACGAUUCUAGAUCCUUCCACGGAAGCCGAACUGGUGCUGAUCUUUGGAAUUGAUGUUCUUAAACUCCUUUCGUCGAGUACCCCACCGGCAGUGAAAUGGUAUGCGGAAUGUCAAGGUGACACGGAGGUUUUAGAUAUGAUGCUAUUGGCUUCAAAGACGUCUACGCUACAGAUGCAGCACUCUCUAGUCCGAUCGUUCCUGUCUAGUUUGCUGUGGUUGACGAAUCAGCUUCUCGAACUUGAUCACGCCACGUAUCUCAGCAUUUUUACGUCGGAUCCUCGGUAUUUACGAUGCGUUAUUGACCUGAUUUACGCACCAGCCCACGAGGUUCAGACGAGUGCGAUAAAACUUUUGCAAAAUCUGGCGCAACAACCGAGAAUUUUCGCUAUGCUCUCACGUUUGGACAGUGUGACUGAUCCCAUCGGAACUGUGAACUCUGACGUGGUGUCUUAUGUGGGGAAAAAGCUGAAUAAGUAUCUACCCACUCCACCAUUAUCACAAGACUGUGUGGUGCUACUCGCACAUAUUUCUUUCGUUCCCUUUUUCACGGAUCUGAACACUACAGAACUGGUGAAAUUAUCACUAGGCUUUAGACAAUGCCGACAUCCUGAGUCACAUUGCUGGACGAUUUUGGUUGGUGACGGUCGUUUUAGUUCAGUUCCAGAAUGGAUGAUCGCACAGUACAGUAAAACUUCGAUGACCUCCUUCGCAGCUGUUAUGAAGCGUAUUCAAAAGCGGUUUGAUGGAUUUGUUGGAGCUCUACAGGAUAAGGCAAACUUUUCCAUGUACGCAAUUGACCAGAAGACGUACAUAACUCAUACUUCGGUAGCAACACGAAGACGUGUAGCCGUGAGAUUGAAUAGGUUACUGAAGACGUAUAUUGAUGAUUCUGCGAUGUGUUGCGGCUCACUACGAGCACGUAACGGGCUUGUUGUGCGUCUGGGGAGGCUUCUAGUCGAGGUUCGGGCGGAAAUUAUUCGUCGUGUGGCAUAUACAAAGAGGAUUUCUGAACGUGUUGUAUUCGAGCAAAUGCAAACACGACAGCUGUCUGAUCUGUUGCUGUUAUUGCAGGAAUCACCUCUCUUUGAAGGUGUUCCGAGAGAUAUUCUAGCGAACGUGGCAUUUCGCUUGGGUAAUCCUCUUGAAUUUCCGAUCUAUGAACCUGCAACAAUGCAGCAUUUGCCGUUGCUUUUAGUAUUUGAUGAAAGCGUCGAGUUUGAAAUGCAUUUGGCAGAAUCCGAAGAAGUGGUUCGAGGUACAGUUACCAGAGGAGGUUUACUUGGCUAUCCACAUUGGUUGCAAAGAGAAUCUUCAAACACCUUUGCCGUGCACAAAUGUGGACUACUUGGAGCUAUCAUAUCGCUUGAGGUGUUGGAGUCCGAACUACCAGAACCUGCUCUAAAUAUCGUGAAUAAUCGACUAAGCCACGCCUAUGCGGAUGGCGACGUCCAAGCUAUCUUGCGUUUAAUGAGUCAUGAUAAUUUACCGGUACCAACGUCGGGGAAACGCCAUCUCCAAUGCUCCGCUUCAGCUCUCAUUGUUCAACUCAUCACCGCCGAUGCUUUCGUCGAAAGCUUGCUCAAUGAUAACUGGGCUAUUGGAGUUCUUGUAGACGUUGCAUUGGGUGCCUUACCCGCUGAUGUAGUACUUAACGCAUUGACCGUGAUCGCUGCAUUGACAGCAACGGAGACCCGUACCAAACGAUUCUGGACAAAACUUACGGAGUCUGGUAAUGCGAAGGAAAUUGUUACGAGUCUUUGGCACCCAGUUGCUGAAUUUGUGAAUCGAUUCAAGCUUCGAUUAUGGGAAAAUCAUCCAGAGAUUCUGGAGAGAUUUUUUCUCAUCCAGUCUCAAGUCGCGAGCUCUGUACCUGCGUUUUGGACGAAUCUACAGAGCACUUGGACUGUAAAAUACUUGCGUGAUUGCGUAGCGUUGCUGCGAUCCGACCAGAAAGGGACACCUGAGGUGGUUGGAUACCAUUUAAGUUGUGGUAUUCCUCAUCGCGUGGAUUUUCUACUUCGGUGUGGAUAUGAUCUGGAUUUGCACUUGACGAUAGCGCGCGCUCUCGCUCGAACACGCAGUGGGAAUGUUAUCGGUAUGCUCCAGUUGUUUGAUGCACUCAGCAAUGAUGACGUCCUAUGUGAACAAAUUUGGGAGCACGUGAUCAUUUCAUCUGAUGUGUUUGAUGGGAUUCUCGAACUUGUGACAGCGGAGAUUAGCGGCUGCUUUGACGCAGGCAGUAGUAACGAUCUCGAAGUUUACUGCACGUUUAUCUACAAGAUAUGCACCGGUGGUAUCAAAACUCAAUUGGAUCUAGGACUUCGUCAUGCCAUUCAAAAUCAAUUUGGCAUAUUGCUAGUGCUUCUUGAACAGGUUCACGAACUUCGAGAAAGGCAUUCGGUUCACGUUGUGCUUCGUUGUGUUGGAAGUAUAUGCACCGAUACACGUUCCAACUAUAACCUCGCAGCAGCGUCGGCCCAUACUGAUGAAAAGACGGGAAGUUUUAUCAGUAUUGUUGUCACAGCGCUGGCAGAACUAGAAAGCCACUUGCAAUGCCACACUAUUGUUGAGUCUUUGGAAAUUCAAGCUAUUUUUUCUUGCAUUGAUGCGAUCACUUCUGUAUCGGAACAAAGCGAGCAUUUUGAGUCCAAGAAUCUCAUGACAAUAGCUCUGAACAUUAUUCAAUUAUUUGCUUCACGAACUCAAACUUUUGACGAUGGAAUGAUCGUAGCUUUACAAUCUGUGGUAAAGGUACUGCGUCGCGUUGUGAGCGGCGAGGGAAAUGAUUAUCUUCAAGCGUUGAACGAAGCAGAGAUCUCGACUUUUGUGGCUGGCUAUGAACUCAAUUCGCAGUUUUAUUCAAUGGCUAAUGAUAACAUUCAAUUGCUACGGCUUCUGGAAAGUUAUACGACACUUUUGGACGUUUUGGUGACUUCACAAAACUUUCUGGAUAUGUUGUGGGCGAUGUAUUUCAAUGGAACUGAAGCUAGUAGUUCAUUUCUCACUUGGAUGUACCAAUGGAUACUAUUUGAACCAAACGAAAGCCCGUCCAUUAACGCACUAAACCUCAAUCGCGCCUCCAAAAGAGAUCGAGUACUAGCCGUUGCAAGUAAGAUGCAGACGCUGUCCUUGUCAGUGGCGAUAAGAUUGACUGAGCAUCAUUCGAUCGUCCAAGAGCUCACUGUUCACCCCAAAUUUUCAGGCGUGAUAGCGCACAUAUGUGCUUCACUACACAAUGCAACGGAUGACAUUGACUUUGAACGCCCGAUACAAUGGGUGAAAUUUAUGUGCUUUCUUUUGGAGAAGUGGGAAGAAGCAACAAGUGUCCAGUCUGAUGGACAUCGCAUGAGUGCAGUUAAAGCAGCUUUAGCUCACGUUAAAAUCUCACUACUAUUACAAGCGUGUGUUGUAGCUCGUGGGAAGGAGGAAAGUUUUGUAUGCUACGCUAUUCGUUUCUUGUGGCUGCUGGUAAAACUCCAAAAUAAUGCUGAUAAUUUUGUGGUCUCCGUGGAUCGCUGGACAGAUGAGUGGAUUGAGGUUAUACAUCUAGCCAUCAGGAUCUUGCAAUUGUCAUCGUCUUCGAUGCGAUUGAAAUGCUAUUUACUGGGGUUGCUGGCAGAACUGACGCUUAACCAAGUGACUUUAACGACAGAUACGAGUGAAGUAGUGGAUCUUGUCCAUGCUACAUUAAAGAUGCUAACUGGGAACUUACUGCUGAGGGAGACAGUACAAAAUGUUGCUUCGCGUAUUACAACGAGUUCUCUAUCCGCACAUAAGUGGAAGGAAAAUAAUGAAGGAUCUUUGGAUGAGGAAUUGAUUGGAAUCGGCGUCAUUCUUCAGAGUCAACGAUUCGUGCUCUACCUUUCUAGAAUCCCUUAUAUUCGAACAGCAUUAUUUCAUUCCGAGUCUAUUCAUCCGCUCAUGUGUCGAACUCUUUUCCAAGAAGCUAUUGCGACUUUAGGCGUGAAAAGAGAUAAUGAACUCUGGAUUACCGCGCAAGAAGACUCUUUACACCUAAUUACCACCUUGCUGAGAGCGGCAGAUGAAGUUGGCCGCAAUAGUGUGCUGCGUUCAUAUCGUCUGGUAGCUCGACGCGGACACUUCUUGAAGAGCUGUAUAGAUCUUCUCUCGGAGCCGUGGAAACUAGAAUUUCAAUGUGUCAUUGUAGAAGGCAUGAGAUCUUACUUAGACAAGAACAUUGGGGGAAGUGCUGAGGUUGUUGCUCUAAGGGAACACGGUGACGGCGACUUGAUGGAGCUGCUACGAUCGAUCAUAGUCGCCGAAGACACGAUGGACGGUUCCAACUCUUCGAAUAUUAUAGUGCUUUGUCUGCGCUUGUACAACUCAGUUAUUGAGUUUUCGUUGGAAAAUGCCAGAUAUGCUGCACGUCGUGGCUUCAGUGAACUAUGCCGGAAGUUCCGAGUGGCUGCAUCGAGGCAUGGUGCGCUGAUCUGGUGUGAUCGUCUAAGAACGAUUUAUUUCAUUGUUCGGAUGGUUGGGGACGUCGAUCAAUCUUUGACGAAAGAGAUCUGGGAAAUAAGUUGUGCAUAUUUUCUGCAUCCUCUACUUAUUUCCCACACGGAAACCACAAAAUAUGCUCUGGAGAUUUUACGCUGUCAUGUUGGGAAAGAAUUAGGCGCUUUGAUCGCGCUUGAAUGGGAUGAUAGAGGAAGGCACAUCGCGUUGUGUUUGAUUAACUUGCUACACAACGCAACACUCAACUAUACUGCUUCGGAAAGUGAUGCGUCUACAGCUAAAUUAUCGGUGGGUGCACUGGUACACUUGUGUUGCUCCGACACACUGAGUGCGUACAUAGCCAAUGAUCCAGAGAUCGUCACAGCCCUUGUAAGAGGCUGUGAGCAUCCGAAAAACAAGUGCCAGUUCGAUUUACUAAACGUUUUGCUGGCAAGUGAGGACGCAAUUCUCAAAAAGUCAUUCCUGUCGGAACAACUUUUGGACCAAUUGGGCAGAAUUGCCACAGUAAAUUCAGAUUGUCGAGUGCUUCUACUGGACCUUUUACCAGGAUUAAUUCACAUACUACGUGAUCGGGUCGUAGAUAGUGGUGGAAAGUGUUGGAAUGAUCUAUUGCUCUGUGUUCUCGAAGAAUUGAGUUCACAUACUGGCAAACCUGAAGCCGAUGAAAGCCGCUUGGUGAUAGCAACUAAAUCAUUGAUAAACAUCUUGGAUGCUUGUGAUUGUCGUGAUUUUCCAAGUGAAUUACUAUUUCGGUUGCAUGAUUCAUUGUUGAGGAUAGUUGAUACCUCGAGAGUGAUUUGUGACCCCAACGUUGACGAUGUUAAAGCUUCCGGGAGUGGAUAUUUUCAAGACUUUAUUGGCAUUUUGGUGAAAUCAUCGCCACUCGAAUUACUUGUUCUUUCCAGUCUUACGAAGCUUAGUGCUUACCUUGAGAUAGAGUUACCGGUGCAGCCGUACGGUAUAAUGUGUGUUUCGUCGUGGAUGAAUUCCAGUGUUUGUUGCAAUUGCGAGGGUGGAGAUACCAAGGCAUUUAUCCUCAGUUCGCUUGCUAUGCCUUUCUUGGCGUUUUGCGGGCAUAACGAGUCACUUCAGCCUGUGUUUAACUUCCCACCGUACUGGCGAAUUUUGACGAGAAUGUUUGCCACCUUCCAUGGAGAGGCUGUCCACCUUAAAGUGUCGAAAAUGAUGUUGCAGCUCUUACGCGAACCAACUAGCGAUAAUUACCGAUCCUUUGUAUCGAAUAUCUGUAAAUUGGAUUUGAUUGAAGUUCUAUGGUGGGAUGUUUCUACAAAAAAGAAUAACGUGAAGGUUGGGCAACGAGAGUUGUGGUAUUCGCUUCUAUUCGAGUUGUGCUACAAUCGCUCCAACGCUUUAGCUAUCAUGGAAAGGGAGUUUUUGGAACGUUUCGUCGUCUUAGAAAGCGACCAGCUCAACACGGAUCUCCUACAAGAACCCGCCAGUACGAGCUUUCUACGUCUUGUUUCCUCGGUACUCCGCGCAACAAACUUCUCCGAUCAUGCACAGUGUUUCGAGAAAGCGAUUUCAGCAAUGGAUAUCCUAGCCGAGUUGUGUAUUUGUACCAUCGCCUCGAUCUUAAAGAUGAACGAAACAAAGUGGAAUGCCACUGAAGUUCUGUAUGCCCUUGCGAUGCACCAGCAAACGUUACCAGGUAUAUGGAAGGCAUGUCGUUUGUAUCCCUUGGAAUUAUCAGAUGAAGGCUCAGAGCGGCUUUGCGCAGUGUCGGAGAUGUUGCUGCAAUGUGGAAAGAGUCUAGCUGAUCUCAUACUCGUUCUGACAAUCGUUGUCAAAAUUUGUGGACAGAGCAUCGAUAUUCUCAUCAGAGCACGAAAUAUGAUAGACUGCUGGCCCAUGGUAAGUGUACUCUUAGAAGUACUCCAGCAAUGCCUUCAUUCAUCAACAUCCUCGAGCAGUUAUCUCCGCCCAAUCGUUCUAACCACUAGCAAUCCUGUCGAUUUCCUCCCGUUUCAUUUCCCGACGGAGUUUCACAUUAAAGCAACAGUGCUGGCUUUACAACUUGUGCAGCUUUGUGCAUCCGAUUGCCAGUUUGCUGAGUCUUUGGAGACAGAAUUGGAUCUACUACGAACUCUGUUUAUGUGCAUUGCAACAUCGAACUUGGAAGUUGCGAAUAACGCAGCAAUUGCACUCAGUGCCUUGAUUCGUUGCGAUGUCGAUUGUUAUGAUCCAGAAGAUGAGGAAGCAGACGUCACACGAUAUAUGUGUAGCCAGGGUGACUACCGACAUCUUGAGUUCUUCUACACCCUGGACACACAGGAGAUAGUUCGUGUUGCACCCUCCUCUCGAUUCCCACCUAGUUUUGUGCUUUUAGUGCGCUGGUUACGCUUUUACUCCGUAAACUUGACGUUACUCAGCGACGUUCAAGAGGUUGAACACUUCACACAAGAACUGGAAACUACAGAAAUCACCCAACGUGACGAUCACGAGAAGUUCGUCGCGAGUAUUCUUGAAAUUCUACUAUAUUCCGUGUCGAACUAUCACUUCGUCGUCUACAAGAAUGAUAAUGGAGAAUCGGAAGAACAAGAGCACUCAUUUUUGCUGCAGUCUCUUCUCUCACUCUGCCAACGUUGUGGCGGUUCGUGCAUUGUCUCUAGUAGUCAGAUUCGCAGCAGAUCUCUCACACUAGUACAAUUGUUGUGCUCUCUUGACUUACCACACACCUCGUCUGUACAAGUGUUCACAAACCCCCAGCAGAUGCAGAUUUUGAUGAUGAUUGUCGAGUGUUCAACGUCUGAUGCCGAGCAGAACGCAGCCGCGCAGUUGAUUCAAGCCUUGGCACUUAAGGAGCCUGUCAAAACGUUAUUGAUAUGUGACUCAUCGCUGCUUUUCCGCUUAGAAUCGUGGCUUGAAAUGGAUACCCUACAGCUUCUAGCGGCUGCGGUCAUUCAGCGACUUGCCACCCUAUCGAGUAUUGCUGUCCACGGUGUCUUUGGGUUUUACCCAAGUGCUCAGCAGCAACUGGCCCAGUUUCUUUUUGUAGGAUUGGGACACAAGAAACCAAAUCGUGAAUUUCUCAAAGAGAACAAGCAAUUGCUCUGUAAAUUCCACAGAUUUCGACUGGAAAUACAUCUGGACGGAGAUCCCAAGUGUUCACCGCGACAGAGCAGCUUUCGCCUGGUUCAAAUGAGAUUUGAAAUCGUCGAUCAAAGCGGAAAAAGGCUUCGCCAGUUUGAGUAUCAAGCAACGCUACAAAGUGGAAAUGAAUCUGGCUACCACGAGUUUUUGGUGGAUCCAGCUGCAAGAAUUGUUCGUUGUAACGUCUUCACUGGGUACGAAGAAAGAAAAUUUGAAUUCUCUCGGGGAAUUGGGUCCGUCUGUCAUCGUUGUGACUCAGUACAAUUACGAUUUUCUGAAGAGGAGCUGCAACCGAGUACAUCGUCGACUGGUAUUUUGGCACGAUUACUGAGACAAGAUAUAAGUGUUGAAUUUUUCCAAGCGUUAUCGGGCAUUGUUGCCGAAUUUUGCAAGGACUACAGUAUAUUUCGUGAUCCCAUUGUUGACUUGCCAUUCCAGAUAUUGGUAGUCCUCGCUAGAUCUGUAGAGUUCCCUCCUAUUGGGCAAAUGGAUGUUAUGUCCUUGGAAAACUUGACUACGUGGUUUCCUACUAAACCAACGGUCAGCAAUUUUAAAGCAAUUAUCCCUCCUGUCUUAAAUCUCAUCCAGAAACUUCGUCAGUUAGUGUGUGUAAGCGAAGUUGAGCACGAAAGCGUGUUGGGCAGUGAUUCUGGAAGUUCCAGCUUUUUGGAAAAAAUUGUCGAGCUCGUAGGGGAUGUGGAAAUCCGCGAUCUUACUGCAAACACGUUGAAUACUUUGUUCAUCGAGAAUUCGGACUUGCUGCUUUGCUUAUGUGGCCAAUUCAAUUCAGAACAAAGUUCAGAGACGACGUUCCUAUCACUAGUGGCGAUUGCAAUUCGAAGAAACGUAGUGCACUGCCAAACGUUUCUAACGCCGACAGCGCAGACGCUACUUCGGUCAGUAUUCGACGCUGGUAUCCAGAAAAGUACUGCUCAGCCUGAAUUGCGGAGUAGUUUGAUUUACUUUGCUUCUCUAGUAAUUGUACGAUUGACGCGCUGCCCAAUUGGUGACAACCUGAUGAACGCACUUGACUUUUUCUCGCGAAUAUCUUUCGAAAUGUUUAGUCGCCAUCCAACGGCUGAUGAAUUUUCUACUGGAGCGGUAGAGAAUUUGAUACUUAGUUGUAGCUUCUUUUUCGACGGGCUGCCUACAUUUGUAGCUGUCCACGCAGAUACUCGAGAAUUUUUGCGGUAUGAAGCCUUAUUUUCUGCUUCCAACGUUGCUGAAGAUGAACUUACCAUUGCUGAGACUCUUCUGAUGUUUCUUGGUAGAACUCCAAGUAAUGGAAUUGAUACUAGCGGAGUCAUCGACGGCCAAAUUUCUUACAAUAGCUAUGAUCGAUUAGCAGCAUCAAUUCUUGAAGCUCUAGUGGAGAAAUUAUCCUCUCGAAAAAUAUUUGAACAAACGUUUCUCCAAUUAUUGGACUCACGAUACCAACAAAAGGGUAAAACCAUCGCAAAAGCUUUUGAAGAGCAAUGUCUCGUUGGCAUGAGGAAAUGUAUCGACCUAACGCGUUAUGAUUUCCAAAGUGAACUAAACGCGCUUAGACUAACCUACUACUCCAGUAUCCGAGCGGGAGUUCGGACUGGAAUCAUCCCUCCCCAAUGUAGCGGAGUUUUUCAACGCUUCGAUCAAGAACAUCUUUUACCAAGUGAAAGUUUGCAAUGGCACAAAAAUCAGAUCGGGGAAAGCGAGAAAACGCAUCGUCAUCGUUCUUUUCUACGCCACGAGCAAAACCUCGCUACGUCUCCAAGCAAAUUCUUUCAAGCGGAAGACUCAAAAUUUGAUUUAGAGCUCCGAGAGCUCAUUUUGUUCACCAAUGAACACUCCGAAUUAUUGUCCGUUUUGACUGUAAACCGUAAAAAGGCUUUGACCUCAGCAAUUCGCGUUGCGACCCAGAAUGCGCGAGUGUUGAUGGCUUUCCACUCAAUGGCAAGUCUCGCUCUUGAUUUUUACAUUGACACGGCCAUGAAACUGCAGAAUGAAAAGAAAAAAACUAAGCGCAAUUAUCAGAGAAGAAUGAGCGCUAUUGUCAAUAUUGGCAACGACGAGCAGAAGUUUUUUCUGGAAUGGCUUCUCUUACUCGAACAGUUAGCUGGGUUGCUCUGCUCUGGGCUACACGAGCUCGAUGCGACGUAUUAUAUAGAGAUAGCACGUCAGUUCCGUUCUCUUAUCUUGGAUUUACCGAUUUUUCUACGUAAAAUAGAGCGCAUGGGGACGCACUCAAGACAACAAGCGUUGAUGCUGUUCCUCGACAAUUUGCAUCGACUAUUAAAGCGUGCCACAAAUCGAAACGAGUUGAGGGUAGUGGCCGCCAAUGGAUCAGGAAUUGUGGAUCAAACUAAGCCUAUUCGAGAACGCCUCCGUAAAUUAGAUGUCCAUAUUUCCACAUCACUAGCUGCUCUUUUAGAAUCUAAAGAAGGGAUGGAUAAUCUCUCAAGAAUGCUGAUAGCAAUGCAGUAUAUGUGGCGGCGAAUAAUGGGGGAUACUUCCCUUGAAAAGACGAUGGCGAGCUCAAGAGAAGCAGUCAGCAUUUUGAAGAAAAUGAAAGAGAAAUUUAUGAGUUUUAUUCGCGCUUUACGACGACCGAUGACAACUUUUCGAGCCCGGCACAAAACUUCUACAGUUAAAGAAUUCGAUGGUCCGUCCGAGUUACUAAAUCUCUCUCGGGUGAUAGACUCAGCGAGCACUGGCCUAUCGUCUCAAAGUACUAGUGAACGCGAUGAUCUUGGUGCCACUAGUAAGAAUUUUCGCCAGAUUUCGUCACCUUUCCCGUUUGCCUCUUUCAAGUUGCUUUUGGAUCACAUUGGUUUGGAAUCAAUCACUGCAAAGCGAACAAAACUACUUCUUCAGUCUCCAAAAAACAAAAAUGUUGUUAUUGGGGUACUUACGUACGCUUUUGGUAUGGGAGAAGAAGCUGUUGAAAGAAUGACGACACUUGAACUGGCUGAAAAAUUUCAUGAACUUGAAGAGAAGAAGAAAGUGCUCACCCUAUUGGAUCAACUGCAACAAUUGACAUUGGAAAACGAAAUGCCUUUCGAUAAUCUACCUUCUGUUUCUCACGACAAAGUGGAAAUGAGUUUGUGGCGCUUGAUGGUGCGUCCGAUACAGCGCGUGCGGUUCAUUCACUUGUACCACCAAGCGCAGAUAUUUGUACACUGUGAUCCUACCAAACGUCGAGUAAUACUAGAAACAUAUUGCCAAGCUUCACCACAGCGACCCAUUAUCCGUAACAGAACGCAAGAUGAACUCAGUAGUGAAGAGGAAAGUCGUACAAAGCAGCUCGUUGCAAAGCCAGAAAAAGACUCUGCUUUUUCGCGAUUCUUUGGUACAUUGAAAAAGGAAAAACAACGAAUUGGAGCUGAUCAAAUAGUCCAGGAAGAACCGGUACAAAUUGCUGCAGCUACAGGACCGUGGAACACUGCACCUUCACUAAAAGCAGUGAUUUCUCGGUCCACACUGAAAGUAUGUGAUGGAAUUUUCAAUCCUGACCCCUUCUCCGACGAUUCGGCAAUGGUUCUACUCCGUCGAAAGCUUGAGGCUCAAACGAGUAGGAGAAACUCUAAAAGUAUAACGAGGUUCCGUGAGUCAAACCGAUCAGCUCAAUAUCGUUACGACCAGCACGCCAGUCUUCUUGAUAGAAUACUCCAUGGAAUUAUCUUGAUCGGAGCUCGACUGAUUCUAUUGAUCGCAUUUUGGCGUCAAGAAGAACUUCGAAUGGACUUAAAAGAUCCAAUUAUGGCUAAAGCAUUUAACGAUCCUCAUGCGCGAGAUGAAUACUACCGCUUUUAUCACGCCAAAAAGGGUCUAGGAGAGCUGGUGCGUGUUUGGAUGCCUACGUGUGGUAGACUGGGUCUUCAGUUAUGGCAGGAACGGUAUUACGCUUUAAUUGGGACAUUGUUUAGCGUUGUAAUCUCGCUGUGGUUACCGACCGUAGCUUUUGACGAUGAUGUGUCAAAGCGCAAUAUUUUCAUGACGCGGAUAGUAUACGGCUAUGGCAUUGGGAUCUUUCUACUAUCCGUAGUUUCUAUCGCGCUAAUUGCCCAAAAUCGCUUUGUGCUGCUGGAACAGACUCGACUGCGUCUUCGGCCAGUGUCCCGCUACUACCAAAACGCGUUGGCUGUGACUGCCAUUGCUGUCGAACUCGUGCAACUUAACUCUCUAACAUUUGACUCAGCCGUGGAAUGGGAUGAUUCUGAUGAACUUCCGGCAAUUAUCGAAUGGCUGGGAAACCAGGGGAUCACAAAGUUUGGCUUCACAUCAGUCUCAGAACUAGAAGCACUUGGAGUUCUCUUGUUGUUGCUUUUCUGGUUUUUACUACUGAAAUGUGCCAACAAAUUUCGAGAAACGAGUGCUCUACUGCAUCGUAUAUUGACCAAAGAUCUACCUGCAUUGGUGCAUGGAUUUCUCUACAUGAGCACGAUCUCGGUCUUUUUCUCGUAUCUCGCUUGUAUGGACUGCUCGGACAAGCAUGCUUCCAAGUACGAAAAGUGUAAUAAGGACCCGAACUGUCCUCCGUUUUUGAUUGCACAUAAAGACAUCACGUGUUGGACGUCUGAACAUCAAUGGUAUGCGCUUCUCGGACUCUGGGGUAUCACUUUCUUCCUGCCUAUCGGUUUGUUAGCACAUGGUAUGAGUCAAGUGUUAUUCCAACGUGAGACGUUGGAUAUCAAAUAUGCCCCUGUAUUGAUCCUCGUAGUGCAGCUGGUGAAGGCAGCAGCAGCCACAGCUCAAGGUUUCUUCCCUCAUAAUCCCAUACUUCUCGCUAGUCUCGGUGCUGUGGGGAAUGCAGUCUUAUUGGUCCUCACACUGGCGAUGCAUAGCUGUUCCCUUUGGUACAUCAAGUACAUCAAGUGCAGCAUAUACGCGGCGUCGUGUUGGGCCUCGCUGGGCGCUAUUCAUCGACUCCAGUAUACUGGACAAAGCAGUACUCGAUCGCUUAACAUGAUUUACUUUGGAUGGCUCAGUAUUGGACUCACAACAGCUACAGCCAUACUAGUGAAAGUUUGGCUACGCGCACGAGCUAAACAGCGAGAUACAGAGCGUCACUUUGCAGCGCAACAACGUCUGCUCAAUGCAGGCACGGCGAGUGGUGUACUAGGCACGGUGGAGCAGAAAUUUAUGAAAGCGGCGAGCAAACGCUGCACUGAUCCUCUCACACGUGCGACCUUUAUCUCGAACGCAAAGAGACUUAGUAGCUUGACUCCACCUCCAGUAUUGGAAGAAUUCGUGGCAAGAGCUAAGGAUGCAUCGGUGCAUUUGAAUGAACCAGGCGAAAUCUUGAUCAUGCAGAAUGCUCGAAUCUUGGCCAAGAAACUACGUGAGCAUGCAGAACUACGACGAAGGAGGUAACUUUAGAUCGAUCAAGCGUAAAAGAUAGGGACAGGAAGUGGUGGACCAAUUUGAUGUUAUACAUGUCUGCGAGGCAGAUCAUUUGUGCAUGAACAUGCAUGCCUUCAUGAAGGAAUCCUAUCGACUACUGUUUUAUAUACGUGGUUAGCUCU